AGUGUGUGGGCGCGCGGGUGGAUUCGCUCCAGUGCUAGCAGUGGAGAGAGAGAGAGAGAGAGAGAGAGAGAGAGAGAGAGAGAGAGAGAGAGAGAGAGAGAGAGAGAGAGAGAGAGAGAGAGAGAGAGAGAGAGAGAGAGAGAGAGAGAGAGAGAGAGAGAAAGGAGAAGGAGAGGAGAGAGACUGAGCGUGUUUAGCUCAACGAACUUUUUGACUCCUGUAUUUCGGGCUUAAUUAAACAUGCGAACUUGAUAACUUGAUUCGUCUCAAAGUCCCCUUCAUGAAACCAAAUAAAGGAAAGAGAGGAAUGGAAAGUUAGAAUAAAACUUGAGAUGUGAGCCAAAUCUCGACUCAGACACAAACACAGACCCUGAGAUAAGAGGUGAUUAAAUAUACAAGAGACAGAUAUAAACAAAAACAAAAGGGGAAAAAAGGGAGAGAGAAAGAAAGAGAGAGAGAGAGCGAGAGAAAGAGAGAAUAAUAAUAACAAGAAGAGAAGAAGAGGAUGGGAACCAGUGCGAAAGACAAGUGACGUCAUGACCUGGAUGGACCGUCAUCAGGGAUUGCUGAAGCUCCAUCAAUGACUGGAUAAGUGAUGAGUACCGCCGGGGGGAGCGGCAGGGGGGGCGCCGUCCCCCCCAAGCGCCCCCCCUCCACCUCACAAUCUCCCCCCCACGUCCCCCAUGGCGGCCAGAGGGGGAAGGGGGGUGGCCAGCCCCAACCCCUCCCCAAAGGGGUUGGGAGGGGGAUGGUCCUCGGCCAGGCAACCUCGCAGAGUAAAAGUUAUGAUCAUCAGGAACUCUUUAACACAAGGGAUGAGACCGCCGUUAAGAGGACGAGGGAAUAUAACAUGCGGGCCUUCAUCAGAGACCACAGGAAUAUGGCAGUGAGUGACUGGUCGGCGGCCACAGUGAUGGUGGGUGACAGGCGGCAUCCCCUGCUGGCACAGAUGCCCGCCCCGCCCACCCACGCCCAGAGACCGGGCAUGGUUGGGGUUCCGGGCGUGGGCGUCAAGCUCAUGCAGGAACCCGGCUUUGCCGCCCACGACUCCCACCUGUACGCCCACCGGGACCUCCAGCAGGCGUCUGGAGGCGCGAGGUACCGGGAGGAUCACUCGGCCUCCUCGUCCUCCGCCUCGGCGCAGGGCCUCAGGUACUUCCACAUGGCCGCCGCCGCCGCAGGAGGCGCCGUCGGGGAGGACGAGGGCGGCAGGCGACAGAGGGCGCUGUCCCCGGGGUCGCAGCACUCGGCGGCCGCCACGUUCUUUGCAAGACUGACCAAGAAGCUUCCGGAGGGCGAGUGGGAAAAAGAUUAUACGAAGGCCCUAUCCUCACUCCCUAGCCUUCAUGGGAACAGCUGUUUUGGGACCUCAUGA